AUGACGACCUUCGAAUUCCAGUAUUUAGUCCGCUUCGAAGAUCAAGAUCGGCGUAUACACUACGGAAAUCUCACUGAAGAAAGCCCGGCUGAUCAGCUCCAUGGUCGCGUAGUGGCAGUUCUUGAGGGGGAUCCAAUAAGUGGGCUCAAAGCGUCAGGGAAAAAAGCAAUGAUCAACAAAUGUAUUGGCGUCAACUACGCUAACCAUGCGCAAGAAACGAAUUUCAAAGUGCCAAGUCAGCCCAUAGUCUUCACCAAACCCGCCGAUUCCAUCGCCGGACCAUUUGAUGAGAUUUACUGCCACACCGACGCUAGAGCGCAGCUCGAUUAUGAAGGAGAGUUGUGUUUCAUUUUUAGUAAAGACUGCAGGGACGUGUCCGAGACUGAUGCACUGGGCUAUGUCCUGGGCUACACAAUUGGCAACGACCUCUCUGCACGAAACUAUAUACCCCACGAGAUCUCAGGGUAUCAGAUGAGUUACGGCAAGUCUUUUGAUUCAUUUGCGCCUUUCGGUCCGUAUAUUGUGUCUCCUCGCACAGUAGGCGAUCCUCAAAAUCUGCGGCUUGUUACUAAAGUCAAUGGUCAAGUCCGGCAGAACGAAAACACGUCUGACAUGAUCUGGAACAUUCAGCAGAUCAUCUCACACUUAAGUCGCGGACGCACUGUGCGCGCCGGGACCGUCUGCAUGACCGGCACUCCAUCAGGAGUCGGAUGGUUUAUGAAACCGGCAGGCUUUCUGCAGUCAGGGGACACAGUGGACGUUAGUAUUGAGAAGCUCGGCUCACUUGUCGUUACCAUUGUGUAUUAA